UCUUCUGGUAGCCUAGUACUCUGGGGAUAUUUCUAAAAAUGAGGGUCGUGCUGAUUUUGUUGUUUCUCGUGACUGGUUACAAAUGCCUGCCAUAUUAUGAUGAUACGGUUGAAAUAUUUUCAAAUGGCAUCGAUGAGCAUAGACAUGAUAAAAUCGAUUUGUCGAGUUUGGGCCCGGAGGUGUAUGGAACACCGAAUAGUGAGAGUGGACAAGCACUUACAACCUGGUCGGAGUCAUCAUUAGUAAACGCUGAAGAGACAGGCGAGUACGUAGAAGGUGAUAUCCUGAUGCCGCUACAGCUGGCAAGGAAUGGAGUCAGGGAGGAGUCCUCUCGCUGGCCUAAUGGACAUAUACCAUACUUGAUAGACAGCGGUUUUACUCAAGACCAACGCGACAUGAUAAUGAAGGCGAUAGCGGAUUACCAUCGGCUGACCUGCCUUAGAUUCGUCCCUUACAAAGGACAAGAAGACUACAUCGUGAUUCAAAACAGGAACACUGGCUGUUGGUCAAGUGUCGGUCGUAUUGGUGGACGCCAAGAAGUGAAUCUGCAAGCUCCCGGUUGUCUCACGAAGAAGGGAACAGUUUUGCACGAACUGCUCCACGCCGUCGGAUUCAUGCACGAACAAAGUCGUCCCGAGAGAGACGACUUCGUUUACGUUCGCUAUCAGAACAUCAAACCGGGAUCAGAAGUAAACUUCAGGAAGGCAGACGUGAAGAACACUAAUGGCUUCGGAGUUCCAUACGACUAUAACAGCGUUAUGCACUACUCAGAGUACGCGUUCUCUAGGAAUUCGCAGAAGACCAUUGAACCCAAGGUAGGGGGAGUAAAAUUGGGCCAAAGAGAAGGACUCAGCCGCGGUGAUGUUAGGAAAAUAAACAAUAUGUACAGUUGUAAAAAAGAAGAGCCCCAAACCGGCUGGCUAGGCGGAAUCUUCCAGAACAUAUUUGGGACUCCGAAAUCCAUCAAUGUAUUGGAAUGAAAUGGACAUUUGUAAAAUGGGAAAAGAUCUGCUAGAUAUAAGUUAACUCUAGUCUAUUAAUUUAUGUUGUAACUUAUUUUUAAAUAAAUAUUUCCAAUAAAAA